GCACGUGACCGUCUGACCGCCGCGACACUGACGUUGCGUCGCCGUUCGGUCGUGUCGUCGCGGGUCGGUACAGUCGCACGAUCCGUCGCCGUUGGCCCGUCUGUGUUUUCGCGACCCGACGGAUACGGCAACCACGGCGGCGACGGCUGCGACGCGCGUACGGUGGGCAACGCGCAACACGCCACGGCCGGUCGGUCGGAUUCGCGGUGAAUACCGACCCGGUAACCGAUGAUCGUGGCCAUGGAGAGGAAGCUCAUAUUGGAGCUGAUCGAAGAGUACAAGUCGUGCACGUGCUUGUGGAGGAUCAAGGACCCCGACUACAAGAACAAAGAAAAGAAAACCGAGGCGUACGAGUCGCUGUUGCAGCUGGUCAAAACGUAAUGCGCAAUAAUAUAUUCGUACCUAUUGAUAUUAUUAUUAUUAUUAUUAUUGUUAUUAUUGCUGUUGAUGUUGCCGUUAUUAUUAGACACGUAACGCGGUGUAUUAUCGUAACCGUUACCGCGGUAGUCGUGCAGGGAUGCGACGGGGGUCGGGUGGGGCGGACGGUAAACGCGAUGUGUGGGGCGUACGAUCGGCGUCGCGCUCCGCGAUACGUGGGUGGCGGCAGCUGCGGACGACCUUUGUAAUGACAAUAAUUUUCACGCGCGUCACGGAACUCUAGUGGCCGUUGUUUACAAUAUUAUCGGCGCCGGAUCGGAGACACGAUUUUAGGAGGGGUUUUUCUUUUCGAUAUUCCGGACGACGCGAGGAACGUAUUGGUUUCGCCUCGAUGUUUAUUUUUUAAUCUGUAAACAACUUUGCUGCAUGCAGAAAUCUCGCUCCGAUCGUCUCUUCCGUAAUAGCUUUUCCGAAAGAAAUGGUACUUUGGAAUGAUGAUUCCUUGAUUAUCCAAGUGGUUUUCAAAAUAGCCGGGGAACAAAAACGUAGGCAAAUUUACGUAAUUUAUUAUUUUCAAUUUUGUUUUUCAUCGCGGUUCGGUUCAAAGUGUCCGCAGAGACUUGAAAUUCGGACAGAAAAUUUAUAUUUCCUUUUUUUCGUUUCGUUCGCGGUAAAAUGUUCGAAACGUUUUAGCCAUUUUUUAGCCGUGUAUUGAAAACUCAAACUUUGUCGGUUAACAGGUCUGGUUAAAACAGGUUUUGGAAUAGGUGUCUCUAUUUUUCAUUACGUUACCUUAGCCGGUUAAUUUCGUCUACUUUCGUCUCUGUUUUCACGGCAACACAGUGUUAUAGUAAAUAAUUUACUCGGAUUAUUACUUUUUCGGUAACGCGGUAGUGAUUCCAUUUCAUUUCGUUCGAGUUAACGCAAUCGUAACGAAAAGUAAUUUUUACGAAGUAACGCGACAUACUAAAUGACACGUGGGCGUAUGACAAAACGCCGACAUUUGUCUGAGAACAAUUAAUAAACAUUUGCAUUUAUUUUCGAAUCUGAGCGUCGUUUCGGUUAACACUAAUCGACAAUAUUGUAAAUGCCACAUUGUACGUUUGGUGCGUAUUUCACGCGCGUCGUGUGUCUUUUUAACCGUUGUAUUUGUUAAUGUUUCCUUGAAUCCGCGUUAUUGAUCGUGACGAAUCGCGCGAACGGUCGUAACGACAGAAAGAACGCCGUUUGCGUUUGUCGGAUCGCUUUCGCGGUUCCUACGGGAAAUUUCGAUAAUAAUUCCGUUUGCGGCGGGCGGGCGCGUCAGACGAGAUUUGGCCGCGUCCGGCCGGGAAGUCUGCGCGCGCUUAUGCCAAUGAGAAUUGUCUGGUUGGAGUGUCGUGUGUGUGUGUGUGUGUGUGUGCGUGUGUAUUGUUACGGGCGGCCCAUUUUUCGGCCAAAAGGUACCGGUUCACACUUUUACACUUCGGCCGGUGUCGCUGUUCGAUCGAAACCCGCCCGCCCUUCCGUUCUCGGCCAGUACAGUUUCCUCGAACAUUACACUAACAACGUACACACUUAUGAGAAUGUCUGUGAAUCAAAACGCGCAAAAAAUGCGAUUUUCAACGAUCAAAACGAUUGCGCAUAUCCACGCUGCACGCAUAACUUAGGUACCGUGAACGAAUAAUACAAAUAAACUGAAUUGUAACGAAACGGAACGUGUUAUCGUGUGUGUGUGUCGCACAAGGCGAAUGAAAUCAGUAAAAUAAUUUGCAAUCGGUUCGAUGACUAAUGAAUAUCUGAGUAUCGAGUACAUGCACGUGAAUUCAAUUUUAUUUUUACAAUUACGCGAUGAUGUUUGUUUAAAAAAUCCAUAACGGUUUAUUCGAGUUCGUUGUCAUUUUUUUGAAUUACGAUAUUAUUUUUUUCUAUUAUGUUGUCACUUCUAAUUUUUACGCGUUGAGUUUUAUUUACUUUGUCGCUACUUCUAAUUUCCAUUGAGUUCGAUAAAAAAAUCGUGAAAUGAAUCGGUAUAAAUUAGCCAAUCAAUAACUAUCGUAUAUAUUGUAAUAUACGAUGAUAAAUAAGGACCGGAUUUCGCGCAGAAUCCGUGUUCGGUAUUUUUAUGAGCGAUUACACGCAGUGAAUGGAUUCGCGUCGAUCACACUUAAAUAAAUAAUAUUGCAAAUUUUCGUUUCCCGUGUUUUGAAAACGCACGUUUUCGCGUAUUACGUAUACAUUUUAAUGUUUUGAUUCGUUUUUUUUUUCAAUCGUGUAUACAGUUAUUAUAUACAUUAAUUUGUUCCACAACACAAACAUUGAAAGUAUUUUUAAAAAUAAUAAAACAUUACGUUUCCGCACACUGGUUGGUGGUAGGUAGGCGUCCGAUUCAAUUACAUACUGGUUUUCCUGUCGUAUAUUUUUAUCUCAUCUACAUUAUGUUAACGUACUUUACGGACUUGACAGUUUUGACCGCUGUGGUUCGGAGUGUACAUUCGGCAAUUGUCAACGCAUUAUGAAACCAUGUCCAUUUUACAUAACAUUGUGUUCGUCACUACACAAUGCCAACGCGUCCACGUCUUUUUUUCCAUCAAUAAUGUUUUGGUUUUAUGAUUUUACAACGAAUGAACGGUCGUGAUUGUCAAAAACAAUUUUGCGUAUUUUGUACUUUUUAAGUGCACGUUUAAAACUUUCAAACGCGUGUACAUCCGGUCUUUAAUCGUAAAUAUUGUAACAGGAAAGGUGUAUUUUGACCGAAAACGGUGAAGCCGCCUGUUUUUACGUUCGAAGACAAAUGUACCGGGAACAAAUAUCGAUAAAACGCAGGGUUUGGACGUGGGAAAGGAGAAAUCCCGAACUUUCGGGCGUCGCGCAUUAACCGCCGACCGUUCCUCCUCCUCCCCCCCCCACCGUUCGUUCCGCAAAACAUACCCCGAGUACACGGGGAAAAAGCCGCCGGCAACCGAUUACCGGCGCGCCGCCUUGCCCCGGACACCUAUUCCCGCGUCCGAAACCGACGACGACGACGACGACGGGGCCCUACACCCCGUCGGCUGUUUGUCACGCAGGGCCGUCCGAUUUUCGCGCGGCGACUCGCACAAAAAACGGCCGCCCGGGCGUUUAAAACACCGCGUUCCGUAUCCGGUAAUCGUAAUCGCCAAUAUCCGGACGGUCCUGCACGUUGUGGUGUCGCGUGACGUAACGGACGGCCGGCGCGCCGGCGCUAACGAUUUUUCCGCCCUUCGCGCGGUCCGUGCGCGCGUCCGCGGCCGUGGCCGCCGUUCUUUCGAGAACCGCGUCCGUUUUCCCCGUCGUCCGCACCCGGGGCACCGCGCGCACAUUCGCACCGCCGUUGUCGCGCGCGCGGACGGACACGCUGUCGCUGUGCGCGCACCGCCGAUUUCCGUCGCCAACCACCACCACCCCACCACCCCACCCCCCUCCCUCCCUCCACCAUCCCCGUCGCCGAAAAUCGAUGACGGCCGUCCGCCGCGCGGGCUUACGAUAAUGUAUCGCGCCGGCCGCGAACGUUACUCGUUGCGUUUCCGUCCGCGCGCGUCUCCCGCGUACUGCCGCGCGGCCGCCGACUUCGAGGGACGGGCGCGAGGUACGCGAGGGCGGCGGACGCGGAGGACCCCUCGACUCGUCUUUCACGGUGCGCAGUCGGCUCGCGGACACGGCGAAAAUCUCGGUGUGACCGACGAGACUGUCGUCCUCUCGCGAUUUAACGAAAAACCGAAUGUUUGGUUGAUCCACUUGCCCUCAACCUGAGGGGCGUGCCUCCACGGCGAGGCGCGACAGUAUUUCAAGGGGGGGCGCGAAUGUUUUCGAUAAUUCCACGGCGCAUGCUGUACACAUUCGUGUGUAUAUUCCAAUUAUACAGUGGUGAUCUACGGGCGAUAGUUAAAAGGCGGUCUGGAUCCCAAAAGGUCGAGAAUCUUUGCACGAAUCGAUACAACGAAGUUUUUCUUCGGCCAAAUAACAAUCGUGAUGCAACGAAUUUCGAUCAUUUCGUAUUUUAGCUAUUUCUUUUACUUAUACAAUGACGGCGGUGCAUAUUUUCGCGUUUUUAUUAAAAUUAAAAUUUUGAAUGCUCGUAAAAAAAAAAAAAAAAAAAAAAAAAAGUCGUCCGAUGAUUUUUAAAAUUUUACCACGUCUAGGUAAAGUCCGAUAUAAGUAAUGUUACCAAGUUUCAAGUCUAUACGUGUAGUUAUGACCGAAUUACAGCAAAAAAACAAAAAAACAAAAAUUAAAAUUCUUUAAAAACUCAAAAGUGGCUCGAAAGUUUUGGCGAUGGAGUAAAUCAAAAAGGUAACGAAAAAAGGCGCGAUUGUGGGGUUUUUCGAUUAAAUUAUUUUUUCCGGUAGACAACGUCGUCCGUGUUUUUACAAAAUAAUGAAAUCGUGAAAUUGUACGAUGCCCUACGGUUUUUCCCACUUGAGUGCUUUUAUUUAAAAAAUGGCGUCGAAAAUGAUAAAAACGAUUUCUUUAAAGUGCCAUCCAGACAACUCGAGUUUUCGGAAAAGUCGCUACACGUAAAAAUCGGGGCAAGUUUACCCGGAAAAAACGUGUCCGCAGCCUAGAAGAAAAAAAGAAUUAACGUCUUGGUUAAAAAAAACAAUAGCUCCCUCGCUAGAGGAAUGCGUAUUCGGUUUCACCGCGGUACGUGUUUUUUCCUUUAUUUUUGUCGCGCAGAUACGAAUUAAACGAGUUUACGUAAUUUUACAUUCGAUAGUGACCGUCUACUGCACUAUCACCUCGUUAUUCGACGAAAUUCCUUUUUUUUGUUUCGUUUCGAAUCUAGUCGGUGCGUUGACGGGGAUCCGACGUAGUUUCGCUUUUCGCGACGAUUGGGAAACCUCGGGAAAAAACCGGACGAACGGCUAAUCGGUCGGACGGUUUCGAACAGUUUUUUUUUUUUGUCGCCUGCGCGGAACGACGUCGAUUUUCCGACGUUAAAUAACGGGUACCCGCCGUUCGAUCGUCCGUCUCGAACCGAGUUUUCCACACCGCCGUUAUUGUACGCGAGAAAGUUCGCCCCCCCCCCCCCNCCCCCCCCCGUGCGUCCCGUCGUUCGUCAUCCCGCCGAAUGUGUCGUUUUCGGCGUCGCGGGGGCGAACGCAUUUAUACGACGCCCGGGACGCGCCUUCCAGACGGACGCGCGCGCCCGCAAACGCCCCGCGGAAAAACAGCGAAUUCGAUGGCGCGGUAUCGGCGUGCCCGGCGUCGUCGUGUCGUUGACGGACACGUUGACAAAUCGACGAAACAACGGCGCGUUGAUGUUUACCCAACGACGUGUUUUCCAUCCGAUCGCGCGGCGUACGGUUUUCUCCCGCCGUCGCCCGCGCGCCGUCGUACCGCAUACAGAUAACGCGAAUUCCCCGGCAUUGCGGGCGCGCGUUGAAAUUUUAUCUGCGCGAGUGCGUAGCGCUUUCACGGCCGAUUUCCCACGAGACGGUCGGGGUUAUUGAGGUUUCAGAAUCGUAAACACAACUGCGCGACUAUAACCGCGCUGUACCGUUUACCCGAAAUACCGAUCGACGCGAAAUCGGAUCGAAAUUUUUUUCAACGAUAAAUCCGUCUAACAUGCGUGCGGUCGGUUUUAGUUGUUUCGUUGAACAUCCGUCGGGUCGGCGGGUUCCGCGGGGGGAAUGACGUCGGGCGGGCGGCGAAUGAGGAUGUCUCGGCGGGCGUGUGGAGCCGCGCCGGAACCGUCACGUCGGCCAACGUUUCGUGCGAUUGUUUUAUUCACGGCCCGAAACCAUGCAACGCCCUACGGUACGACUCCGGACAGCCGAUCCCCGGACACACCGAGUAGAAAAUGCGGAAAUUCGGAGACGACGUUCCGCGCGUUUUCACUUUUCACUUGCCCGCCUUGUGCAGCGCAUGGUUUUUUUUCGUUUAUUUUUUUCGUUUAUGUUACCAAGGUGGCCCCGUCCUAUUUCAAGCCGAUAACAGGUACCGGUAGACGGUUAGGUUAGACUCUUUACCUCGAGUCGUUACCGCAUUUUUAUUUCUUGUUAUUAUUUUAUCAUUUUAUCCGUGUUACUAUGGUUAUCCAUAAUUCAAUCUUAAAUAAUUACAUUUUCGUGCCGAAAAUACCCGAAAACCUUUCACAGCCUUUCAUCUAUUUCAUCUCUUUCACGUUUUAUUUUCAUGACAAAAAGUAGCCUAUGUUUUUUUUCCGAGGUCACGUCUGUGUGUAUACCAAAAUGCAUCAAAAUCCGUUCGGUUGUUGUUGCGUGAAAGAACAACAAACUGGAUCCAUCCAUCCAUAAAUCCUCACAAACUUUCACGUUUAUAACAUUAAGUAGGAUAAUACCUUAGAACAACAACCGAAUAUCUCUUGUGUUUACAUUUUUUCAGGAUGAACAAAACAAUUUUAAAUAAUCAAAAUUUUGUUUCAAACCUUUAGAAAAUAUAAUAUGUUCUUAUUAAAGUCCUAAUACAAUUAUUCCCUCGGCGGUUUGGGUGAAAAUCUAAUUUUCUAAUUAAAAAAUUUAAAUCGAAGUUAUCUUGUUGUUGCGCGGUAAGAUAAUAUACGUAGGUAUUUCCGACAAAUAAAAGUAAUGUAUUUGAUAUGAAGAAUGCUAUUUAAAAAUAAUUAUUUAAUUAACUUAAGAUUUUUAAAGUUGUUAAUAAUUUUUUACCAGUGGACAUGCAAUUUUUUUCUCCGUAACUCAUGUGCAAAAGGUGAUUUUCACCAUAAUACGGAGAUACCUGGUUAAUGUUCCGAGGUCUUUAUUUUUGUUCUUUAUUGCGUUCUGAUGAUUGAAUAAACUGAACAAAUAAUACAAAUUGCGUUUUUCACUUAAAACCGUACUUGAAAUUCAAUGGCAUUGUCACACCCAAACAAAUAAAAUACAAAGUUGCGCCUUCGAAAAAAAAAACAAACAUUUUUGGUUCAUCAUUGGGUUUUUAUUUUAUCCGUAUUGUCGUCCGAAACUGCGGCGCGUAGUUGUCCGCUAAAUUGUGAAAUGUUCGAAGCAAUCGGAGCUAAUAAAGUGUUGGAAAUAAUUCAACUGCAAUAUAUUACGGCGAAACGAGAAUGCAAAAACAAAAAUAUACGACGCGGCUUGUACAUUGUAAAUGCAGUGAAUAAUAAUUCGUUUUAGUUGUAGUUUAGUUCGUUUUCUAUACGGAUUCCGUUUUCGGCCAGCAGAAAUGCUCCGGUUUUGUCACGCCGUAUCUUGAAAUACGCGGAAUUCGUCUACGUUCCCGAACGCUCUUACCGCACUAGUUUACCGAGAGCUCAGAACCGCGUUUUUGUAAAAUACAAAAAAAAAACUGUCGUUGCUUUCAGUGUUCAAAUUAAAUUACUCGAAUGCUACGCCUUCCAGACUUCCCGCCCACGCGUGGACGUAAAUAGUGUCUUCAAACGCAACGGUCCGAGUACUGAUAAACGCAAAAAUAUGUUUGAAAGUGGAAAAAUGCAGAUAACAAAACGUCGGUUUGUUACACACGCGUAUUCCGUACGUAAUUAAAUUAUUAACGAUGUCCGUACGUUUGGGCGACGCCGCGGGAAUUUUGGUAAUUGAACCGCGCGGUCGCGGAACGACGAGGUCUGGACGGCGUGCCGUUAUAAUUUGGCCGUGGUUUACGGAACGCUGGAACGUUCAAACCAACGAAAACGUACCGUACACACUGUCACUCGUGCAUCGUUAUAAUAUGUACGGCUGUUGCCGCGGGUUCAAAUAUUGUGAAUUACGUAUAAUUUGUCAACAACAAAGAUCACUUAUGCAUAUUUGAAAUAUCUUAGGAAGGAUUUGAGAUGGCUCCAGGAGGCCUAAGCCCUCCCGAGCCUCCCUCUUAUUUACGCCCGUGUGCCUACGUCGUAAUGGUACGAAAUAUUUAAGGAUUUUUUUUACCGGAAUUUACAAAAAAAAAAAAAAAAUGCGCGCGAUUUAUCGCAAUAUGAUUGAACUCUUUCGAAAUAUUGUCUUCUGAUACUUUUCAUAAUGGGUAUUAUUAUUAUUAUCACUAAAAAUAUAAAAUGAUGAUAAUAAUAGUAUAAUUAUAAAGGGACUUUUGCGUCGAAAUCAUUGUGCAGUUGUCGUCGUUUUUUUGCGAAUAUUCUAGCUAAAUUGAUUUUUUUAUUUUGUAUUGUUAUUACAUUUUAUUUUUCUAUUUUUUUUUUUUUUAUGUUUAACUUAUUUUAAUAUAACGUAAUUUUUUAAUAGGUUAGUGUAAUUGUUAAGUUUCAACGGCUUGUUAUUUGCCUAUCAAAUUAAUAUUUUUAAAAAAAUACUAACUAAACGAAAUAUUAUCGAAAUUUUAAACUAUUAAUAUCAAAAUGAUUUCUUUUUCCUUAAAUAUUCUACCUUUCUCAUUUUUUUUUUUUUUUUUACCAAAUAUUCUAUUCGUAACGAGUUCCAUCGAACUCCACGGUGCCAUUGUGUAGAGAAGAUUACAAUGAGUAUUUCGAUUAAACAGUUUGUUACCAUGAAAAAUUGUUCUAAAUUGGAUACAUCUACGAGACACGAGAGCUUUUCCGGAAAUUCAUGUUUUGAGUAAAAUAACAAUUUAUUCACGGGCCCUUUAUUAACACAAUAAUUAAAACUGAUAGAAUCAUAUUUUUAAAAAUUGUUAAUUGUAAAUGCUAAACAUAUAUUAUUAAUAAUUGUGGAAAAUUUGAAAGAAAAAAAAACCGACAAAUAAAACACCACAUAUUUGAAUAAUUUAUUUAUGUUGCCUAAAGGAAUUAUAGCUAAACUAAAUAUUAAUCGUUUAUCAUAUUUUAUAAUGUAAUGUGAGAACGGUAUUUAAAAUGGAAGGUUAACGCCGAAGGAUUUUGUACCACGAAAUAAAAAAGCAUGCGAUUAUAAUGCAUGAUGCGUUCUACUUUUUACACACGAACAUGUUUUUAUAAAUGUUUACUGCAUUUUCUCUACAGGGCGAUUCGCUCAUCACGAACCAUCAGUUAAUGUCUUCGGAGGAUUUUAUGUGAAUUUUAUUUCUGUUUAUAUCGUUAUAGAAUCAUUUAGACUUGAUUUAAACAUUAUUUUUAAUUUUUCACCCCUAGUCCUAAUACCUGAAGGAGCAUCUAUUUUGGAUUUUUAAAUAGCAACCCCUUUUGAAUCACAGAUUCAUAUUUAGUAUAUUUUUCUGGAAAUGUUCAUAUGCAUAAUACUAAUAUCGGACUUAUUAUUUUUAUGAAUUAUAACUUAUAAACGGUAAAUACGGUUUUUAUUAGUGUCAUACCUACACAAUUUCUUGAAAAUUAUUCUACAUUCGAAUUUGUCUUAAAAAGGGGGGGGAGGUUACAAUUUGAAAAUUAAAAGCGUACACAUAUUUGAGGUAUAUGGACAAAAGGGUACAAAUUAAAAAUAGUGUUGAAAUAAGGCUUAAACGAUCCCGUAUUAAAAUAAUUAAAUUAUUUUCUCGAUAAAAAAAAAAAAAAAAAGGUAUUCGAGUUUACUUAAAAUCUUCCGAAAAAAAAAUAGCCGGUUCGUGAUGAAAUAACCACUCUGUAUUAUAUUUAAAGGAGUUUAUAUUUAUUUCUUUUUAAUGCCUAUUUUAUAUAUUAUUUACGCGUAACCGUUCAUGCAAUAAGAGGGUUGGCGAGCGAAACGGACAGGGGCACUGCACCCCAGUACUAGUAAUGCAUGAUUAACAUGAGUAUUAAUGAAGCCGGCUAAUAAUAAUGUUAAUACUUAUAUUUUAGAGCAUGUUCGUCAUUUCCGUUAUUAUCCUCUUAUUAAUAAUACAUUAUGCUCGCAGCAUUUGACUUGCGCACGCGAAUUGAACUCGUGAUAAUAUUUCGUGUAUGCGUAUAAUAUAACGACGACUGAUGCGCUAUGACGCGUGGUUUUGGGUACAGGUACAACAAAAGCUGUACGAUGGAAGAUUUAAAACGCAAAAUAGCCAAUCUGAGGACGUGUUACUUGCGGGAAUUCAGAAAAGUGCAUAGAAAAACGUUCAUAAAGAAAUGCGGCGGAGUUUACGAACCGACACUGUGGUAUUACAAGUAGGUAUCACACAUUUACGAUAAUAUUAUACAUUCACACUCACAUAGCACACACACACACACACACACACACACACACACACACUCUGCGAACACCGCGAAUACUUUUUACGGCCGAUUGGGGCGCGGUAUUAUAAAAUGAUAUGACGUUAUCAUUUCCAAUUUUUUUUUUCGUUCUUGUAGAUCACUGGAGUUCCUAAACGAUCAACAUCAAGGCGAAGACAGGGCACAGUUGAACCGCACCUUUCCGGAUAACAGCGACGAAGAUAACGAGGUAUACUUGCAUAUUAUAUGGCUACUAAAUGUUUUAUCGCCGGUCGCAACGAAAAAUAUCGUAUCUCGGUUUUUAUACAUUUUAUACAGUUAAUACCGCCGUCCGAUAUAGAAUUUCCGUCGGUAUCGCUCGUAAAAAAAGCUAAAACGUACUGAAAUAUUGAUAGCCGAAAAAAUCGGUUUUACGAACUGAUACGACGAAUAGACUAACAUAACCGUUUAUACUUACGACCUUUUCAGUGAGUAAAUAUCUGUUUGUUAAAGUAGUAGCCGUUUAAAAAUCCGGAAAAUAUGAUUCUUUUAGAAAAAUGAAAAAUAAUAUUUUAUUAUAUUAUGGCGUCGUAAAUUCUACAAUUACUCACAUUUUUAGACGUUAAUUUUUUAAAACUGAAAACGGUAUGAGAAAUUCAAUUUGAAAGUUUGUUUUGUUCGCCCUGAAUAAUGUGAAAAGUGAGAUACGGCAUUUUUUCGUUGCGACAGGCGAUAUACCCAUGUAUUAGUCACUCCGCGCUACAGCGUUAAAUCUUAUUAAGUUUAGUUCAAAACGGUUUUUCUCGUCAACAUUAAAACCCUAUACCGUUGGUUUGCGACUGUUAAAACAAGUAUCGAUAUUUGUGUACCAAUAGCGUGCAUCUUUGAAAAUCCAGGGUAGGGGGGACACAUGAUAUGAAUGUAUAUUAAUUUUAAUUGUAUUUUUCAACGAUAUUGAUCUCCUCACCCGGAUGCGGUGCUGUCUAUGCAUUACAAACGCACGAUGUAGCGAAUUUUCGUUCGGCUAGUCAAAUUGUAUGUUAGUUUUAAUAUUCAAUUGACGUACAUAGAGUUAUUCGACUUAGAAGUAAAAACUAUUAACUUUGCAACUACGUCGAUUUUUUUUUCGGUGUUUUAAUUUUUAAAACACACGCGAAUGUGGCGUCCUCUUAAACUGUUACGUGGCAUAUAUAAGUAUAAAAAAAACCAGAAGACUUCCAUUGGGAGUCAAUAUAUAUAAAGAGUACUUAUUGAGUAUGGUACUUACAUAAAAUCCACGUCCAUCGGGUUCAAAAUUUGAUACCCGUCCGCCCUCAGGAAAAAUUAGAACAUUCAUUUAACUUACAAUUUUAGAUUCUGAACGAAGCGAGAAUUGUAUUAUUGGUUGUUUUUUUUUUUUUUGUGUCUGUAAACAGUUUUUCUAUUGAAAACCGUGCCCCAAUCAAAAACGUUGUAGGAACUUAUCUUGUAGAAUUAUAGUCGGUCUAGUUAAAUCAUUGAAAAGUUAAUUGUUUUAGUUUACUUCGUAGUUUUCUCAAUGAAUGGAAAAAACUGGCUAUUUUUUUUUCGUAUAAUUUUUGUUGAUGUCUGGAUUACUUUGGCAACAAAAAGUACGACUAAUAAUAAUCUGCUCAGAAUUGUUUUUUUUUUUUUUUUUGCAAGAAACGAUGUAUCGCUGCGUACAGAAAAAAAUUAAAUUACCCAAUAUAGCCUCCUUUACAAUUUCCGUUGUAAAACACGCAUAAACAUUAUCAACCUUUUUAAGGUUAAAGUGCAUUCGAAACCAGUAAAACUACAUAUACUCGUUGUUUAAAUGUUUGAAUACGCCUCUUGUACACCUGUAUUAUUUAUAUAUUGUUCACAUUUAAAAAAUGAUUAAUAAAUUAAUACAGGUACUUUUUUUCUGAUAAAAUGUUUUCAUGUGAUCGAUCCGUUGUCUCUUACUAUAGUAUAUUUCGAAAUGCAAUGCGCGUUUAUUCAAAUAUCUUUCGGAUACUACCUAGGUUUUCAUAAAUAAAUUGUUUUCUCGUUACGCCAAUUGCUUCCCGCGGGACGUUGCCUGCAAUAUAAUAAUAACAUUUUACGUACACUGCAGGGUCUUCCAUAUUUUACGUGACAGUUUAUUUCACUAAAAAAAUAUAUCGUAUUUAUUUUUUUCAAACGACCAAUGUGACCGAUUUGCGGAACCAUAUAAACGUAUCGGUAGAUAAUCCGCUAAAAUGCAUUUCACAUAUAUUUUCGUAUUCAAAUUCAAACUAGAACUUAUACGUUUUCGAUGAUAAUAUAUCGUCUUUAUAUAAUUGCUAAUGUGUCUAAUAAUUAUUAUUCGAUAUUUAAAAAAUUGUUAAAACAUGUUUAGCUCCUUCGAUAUUAUUGAGGUGUCGCGAACAACCUGCUAAAAUCCGUUAAGGAUCCAGCGCGAUUUUCGGCUCAAAACAUGCCUCACGGGAAAAACUCUUAUGCAUCGUAGAUUAUGGCCUAGCUAGCUUUGAUUAUAACUUGGAAAUCGGAAGACUUCCUACUGCAUUAAAUUCAUUUUUUUCAAUAUUUUAAUCGAAAACUCAAAUAAUCCGGUUUUUUUUUUUUUAAAAAAAAGUCUAUUUGAAGCUUUGAACGUGGGCUGUAGAAUGUUUUUUUCGUCAAUUAAAAAAAAAUUAGACAUUUAGUUUCCCAUACUCGUACCCGCGUAGUCAUAUUAUGCGUCCGUAAAAACGGCCGUAUACCCCUUCCAUUCAAAUAGGUAUCGGACAGUAUUAGUUAGACAGGAUUAGUUAAAAGUCAUUGAGGUUACCUUUCAAAUGUUUAAAACAAUUUUUUGUAAAUUUAUAAAGAUUGAAAACAUUUUAAAAUUAUAUUUAAAUUUUAAAAGUUAUCCCUCAUACGUCCCGUUUUCAAAUCAAUAGAAAAAAAAAAAAAAAUGACAUAGUAAAUAUAUCGAAUAACUCGCCAUUGUUUUUUUUUUUAUUUUUUUCAAAUAAAUCUAAAAAACUUUCACGUAGGCCGGUGAAAUAUAAUAAUAACAAUUAUUUCAUAAUGGUGUUUCACAACUGUCACAUCGAAUUCGAAACACCCUGUGUAUAUUAUAACGAUUAAUCUAACUCGCGCGGUUCGCUCCUAGAGGACGGUUCGGGGUAUACAUUAAGACACGUCUGAAACUGCGGAGAUUCUAAUCCGGCGGGACGGUUUAUUCGCGUCAGUCUGAUUGGACGGUACAGGGGCGAGAAACAGUGUAUACAAGGGAUGACAAGGGUAUGAUGUACAGGGUUUCGUGUACGUGCAACGGUGUCAUUACGGCAGUGAAGGGACGGCCGGUUUUAACGUUUUUGACAAAAAAAAAAAAACAAAACAUUAUUUUGCCUCUCCUUUAAAGGGGAUUUCGCAUUAGACCGUUCAGCGUUUUAUCGUUAACCGACCGAAAAGGACAAAAAGAACAAUAAUGACUGUUAUAUAAAUAUAAUAUUAUAAUGUUUUUUUUUAUUUCCAAACAUAUUACCCCGGGUGAAAAAUCCGUAUCUUUUAUCAUGUUAUUAUAAAAGAUACGCAUGUAUUGUUGAUAAUUUGGAAUACUGAACCGAAGAAAUUUAAAAAAAAAAAAAAAUAACAACUUUUUGGAAAAGUAUUUGGAUGUUUCGGCAAAUGAUUCAAAUGGACUAUACCAAGCAAGUGAAAAAUAUUCGCAUGGUUUAAAGCUGCGACCGGCAACUUGCGGCCUGUCAUUUCGGUUCGUUAAUAAUAAUUUGAAUUUAAAAUCAAAACGAAAAUGUAUAUUUCAUUUAAUUUGACGAACACAGAUUAUCGUCGUAUCAUAAUUCCCAAUAAAUAUCCUAUCGGGAGAGUACUGUUAUUUAAAAAAAAAAAAAAAAAACUGGCAAUCAAUUUGAUUACGACUUUUGGUUUAACAUAAAUAAAACCAAGUGAGGCGUUAUUUUUAAAAAUUAAUUUUUUUGAAAGAGCAAGUACCGAACACAAGUAAACGGCAGAUUUUCAUUGCGAAGAUCUCGUGCGUGUAAUCCGUUCUCCGCGAGUUUCCUAAAAUUUCCUAUAAAUUUACUAGAGAACCAGCAAAGAAAAACAAAUUGAAUUUCUCGCGUUGAAUUACACUUUAGUUUUUAAUUUUUUUUAGUAAUAACUUAUAACAAUGAAUGAAUCGGUAGCUACGUAUUUAUAUCAGGUUUCGGACGCAAUAAUUAAGCUUUGCUAUAUAUUGCGAUAAGACUUUUUAUUUUAAUUUUUUUAUGGACCCCGUUUAUUUAUUAUUUUUAUCUUCCGCAAUCCGGUAAAAAUCAACUGCCAACUUUGAAGUACACGAAACGGAACAAUAAUCGGAACAUUUUUAUUAAACAAAAAAAAAAAGUAAAACUAUGAUAAAUUAUUCGUUACAAUCAAAAUAUAAAAAAAUGCAAGACGAUUGCAGAAGCGAGCAUACUGUAUCCAAUCAGUUUAGUUUUUUUUUUUUUUAAUUUUCGUCCACUGUUCGGCACAUCAUCGUGUCCCCGGACAAGUGAAAUCGCCUGUCCAACGGACCACGGCCAAACUGAACGGAAAUCACCGAUUUGAUAUUAUCUAUGGUCAUAGAUCUUAAUCAUCUCUCAAUCGUUAUGUAACUGAACCGAACUAAACGGAUCAGUCGGUGUACUCGCUUGAGAUAUUUUCUUUGGUAGUUCGAGUACAGUAUGAUAAAUACUAUGCACUCUUCGGUCUAUUCUGCAAGUAUAAUGUAACGAAAAAAAAAUAAAAUGCAAUUUUUAAGGUCAUUUUUUGGAAUUGUCAACUCAUAUUUUCCUGUUUAGUUCAUUUUCCGGUAUUUUUAAUCAAAUGCCGUCGAUUGUUUUCAGUUCGUGGAAUUUUGUCAAGACUUGAACGACUCAACACCCACCCAAGUGAACCCGACCUAACUCCCACCCAUCCCAAGAAGACUCUUGCCCCGUUUAUUUCACGUUGCAAUGAUAACAUUGACUGUGUGGAUAUCAGUUGACCAAACAUCGUUGAUUAUUCGAUUCCGGAAUGACAACCGCCUAGACAGAAUAAACAAUACCUUUUAUAGGAUGAGGGGAGGGAGUAGAAAAUGCGAGGGAACUUACCUUUGUCGCCGUUUUCGCAUAUUAAAUUUACGAACCUAUAAAAAAAAAGGCGUAUUAUAUUGUACACGCAAUCGUGUUUUUUAUAAAGACUUUUUUACUCAGUUUGUUUUAUAUUAUUUUAACUGAAAAUGAAAAAAAAAAAAUAAUAAUAAUAUCACACGUUUCGUAUAUUGUUUUUUUCUCCUUUAUUAGUUUAUUACUUUCUAUACGUUUUCCCCUCGGCUAUAUACUCGUAUACCGUUGAUAAUAUUUUUACAAAAAACUUUAUCGUUUGGGUCGUUAAACGAAAAUUUUUUUUAUUAUUAGAUUUUUGUUGCGUUUGUCGUUAACGAAAACUUUAUAUAAUAUUUUUCGUUAUUGCGCGUAGGUAUGGUUUUUAUUAAUUUCGGUAUUCGCGUAUUUUUUUUUCUCGCCAUCUAUAGUAUGGAUUUUGUAAAGAUAAAUUGUUUUUUUUUUUUUUUUUUUUUUGCAGAACUUGUCUAACUUUCUUCAUCCCAUAUCUGGCCUUUGUAAGCCACAACGCGCACGUUUCAUUUUAUUUUAAGAGGCCGGUGCGCAUUAUGGAUCAAAAACAUUUUGGGAAAAACUCGCAUGUCUCGUUCGACGUUUAUUUUUUGUUAUCGGGGGGGAAAAAAAAAGAAUCCAUCACAGUUGCAUUUAUUUUAGGUUUUCAAUAAUUUAAUCUUAAACAUUUUGCUUUAUAGAAAAAAUAAAUUUUGAUUUCUUUAAUCGGCUUUUUAUACUAUUACUAGAUGGAUUACUCGGAAUCAAUCCGUUUCCUCCACCAUUACAGUUAGUUUUUGCCGGAUAAUUUAUCUUAUGAAAAGGGCACUUCCUUUUUUAAUAACAACCAAAUUAAAUAGUAAUAACGGUUUUUUCAUCCAUGUCGUCAAGGUAAACCAUAAAUAAUAGUAACAUUAAAUUUAACAGUAACAAUUUCAAUUUUCGUUUCAAACGUACCAAAAGCCCCGUGUUAGCCACCCUUAAGGGUUUAAUUUCGGGAUAAAAAAAAAGUAAACAGCGGUAUUCCUCUUGUGUUGAGUGUCGAGUACUUUGCAAAGUGUCGUUAAUAUCGGGACAAAAUGAUAGAUUUGUAUAGCGGACGGACGAGGCAGACAUAAUUUUAAUUGUAUGUGCACGUCUUGAAAAUUCGAUUAGUUUAAUGUGGGUUGUAAAAUAUCGUCGUCGGUCAAUAAUAAAAAAAAAAAAAAAUAUAUACAACCGACAGUGAUAGUUCUCAUACCAUAUUUGUCCGAAUGAUAACGGACCUUCCCCUUGAAUGGGCAGUAGAUUAGCGUGAAAGUGCUGUAAUUAUAAGGGGAUAAUUAAAGUGGACAAAAAUAAUUUAAAAGUUGAAGAAAAUGUGGAAAACCGUGCAGUUGUAUUUAUCCAUUUCUACUUUGUUUCCUUUAGAUUCUGUGCGGAGUCGAGGAAUAUUUUACAAUAUACGAGGCGUAUCUGUUAAUACGUUUUCUAUCAGAAAUCUUGCUCCAACGAAAAAAUUAUAAAAGACCUUUUUUUUUGUUACAUUUCGGAUCUAAUUAAUGCAUUGAUGUGGAUGUAAAUUUUUUCAUAAUAAUUGGGAAAAACUAACAAAUAUUUACGGCGUUAACGAUUUCGUUGUUUUAAAUUGUAUGGUUUUUGUUUUCUAUCACAAAUCUUGCUCCGAAAUUCAAAUUUAAUGCCUUUUCUGAAAGAUUUUUCGAAUGUUGUCUAGUUUGGUAAGCAAUAAAAUGGUUUUAUUUUAUUUUAUGAAUAAUUGGGAAAAAACGUAAGAAAAUCUGGAUAAUUUCCGGCAUUAAAUGUUUUAUUAUUUUUAAUUUUGAUUUUUCGUUGUGAUUCGGUUAGAAAUAAUCGUAAAUAAUCGAAAUUUUCUCAAAACACUUACAUUAGCAUUUUCUAGACGCGGUAAAAUGUCGAAUACAUUUUGCCGACUUUUUAGUCGUUUAUAGGCAUACUGUUUUUUUUUAUGAUAUUUCGGAAGUCGAAUUUACGUUUCAUCAUAUGUACUGACAUAAUGUUAUAUAUUUUUAAACGGUUAUUAAUCGCGUGACGAUUUCUAUUGCAGGCUCAAAUAUUGGUUUACGAGGACCAUGCCGGGUCGGACGACAGAGAUUCGUGUUCCACCGAACCGGACCAACAGCCGCCGUCGGCGACCGGGAGUUUGCAAAUGGUCAUGGGCGGCGCUGACGCCCACAACAGCGUUAUUGGCGGGAAAAGGCCGAAGAGCCGGCGGCGAAAAAUCGGCCGGUACUCGGCGCUCCCGGUGGACUUUUACGAGCCCCAAAUUGUGGGCGGCGUGGGCGGCGACCCGGCCGAACCGCCGGUGGCCGACUACUACGAAGGGUUCGGCCGGUACGUGGCCAACGAGCUCCGGCAAAUGGACCGGCAAUCGGUCAUCAUAGCCAAACGGCUGGUGAACGAGGUGGUUUACCUGGGCCAGAUGGGCAUGCUGAACGUGAACACCCGGAUAGAGCAGGCCGGCAAGCGGAAGGCCAGCAGGACGCCGGCGGAGUACCGGUUCGACGGCAACGAGUCGCCGUCCUCGGCGCUGCACACGCCGCCUCCGGUGGAGUUCAUGGAGACCUCCUGAAACGUGGCCCGUAGGUAGCGGGGCCGGCGCGGACCGCUACCGCCAGACCGGGGAAGAACCUCUGUCGCGAGGCGCCCCCGGUAUUUCCUUCCGGUAUUUUAACCCCGACCGAAAUUACUUCGGUGUUACCCUAUAACCUCGCGUGAACCACACAACUAUCGGGUAACCUAACUUACGGUUACCGUAUCACGCGCGGUAAUUACCGACAAAUACCUAACGAUCGGUCCAUGUAUACACAUAUAUAUAUAUAUAAUAAAUACCUAUAUAUUCAUAUACAAAUUAUACAUACCCGUGUAAUAAAUAUUGAUUUUCUUUUUAAAAAAAAAAAAAAAAAAAAUGUCCAAUUGUAUAUAGUUGUGUAUUAUUUUAUGUUUUAUAAUUUAUACAUCGAUCUUGACUGCUGCAGUUCUCGCUCCAGCGUUUAGCAAUAUUAAUAAAAAUAAUA